CGUUUGAAAUCUGUCACCCUCACUUACGAGCGCUGCAUCUCUGGUUGUCACCGGUGAAUAAUGAUCGCACGGCGAUAAGAUCGCUCUGCGGCGGUGCGCCGGGGCCAUCGGGGGAAGAAAAGAGGAAAUUACGAGGCGUUUAGCCUCUUCAGCGGGGUGUUCUUCAGUGUCAUCGGUGGGUGUCAGGGUCAAAUGACCGGCUGGAGAGCAGCUUGGGAAGAAAAUUUCCUUUCUCCUUUCUUUGAGAGAAACCUUUGGUGAUGGUGAUCAGUGACAGCUAUGGAAAACAGAGACCUCGGUGGUGAACCUUAGAACUAGUACCAUGCCGCAGCCCAGCUGUUCUGCCACUUUCUCCCCUUUCAACCUGCCUGACCCGGUGGGCUUUGGGUGACCUACCAAGGAGGACCCAUCUCCACAGGAGCAGGACGGCCAGAUUUGGCACAUAGCUGAUAUGAGGACUUUUCUGACUUCACAAAGCUGUGUGUGACAUCAACAGACUUCGGUGAAAGGAAAUAUCCCUGAAAGCACAGAGACUUUUGGUAUCUAAAUUAACAAGUUGUUCAUCUGCGAAGGCAUGACUAGUGUUUCUUGCAGCACACAUGGAAGAAGGCAACAAACUUUGUAACCCUGGAUAACAAGACUGUGUUUUUAUCAAAAGUAGUCAGUAGACUAAUUAUAAAAAGAUUAUUUUAUAUUUAGCCACCAGGACUUGAACUCUGGCCUGAACACUGGACAUUAAUAGAAGCCAAUUUUAAUGACCUGAGAUUUUGCUACCUGUGCUUUAUUAUUGUUAUCAGUUCUUAAACACUUUGGUACUUUAUUUCUUUAGAUUAGAAAUGGGUUCGUGGACUAAAAUGUGGCCCACAGAUUGGACUCUUCUCAUGAAAUCAUGGCUUAUCUUUUCCCUGGGGCUCUGCAUGCAGAUCUCCAAAACUUUGACCUGUCCAAAAGUGUGCCGCUGUGAUCGAAACUUUGUCUACUGUAAUGAGCGAAGCUUGACCUCAGUGCCUCUUGGGAUACCGGAGGGUGUAACGGUCCUCUACCUCCAUAAUAACCAAAUUAAUAAUGCUGGAUUUCCUGCAGAGUUGCACAGUGUCCAGUCUGUGCACACAGUCUACCUGUAUGGCAACCAAUUGGAUGAAUUCCCCAUGAACCUGCCGAAGAAUGUCAGGGUUCUCCACCUGCAGGAAAACAACAUCCAGACCAUUUCUCGUGCUGCUCUUGCUCAGCUUUUGAAGCUGGAAGAACUGCACCUGGAUGACAACUCCAUCUCCACUGUUGGCGUUGAGGAUGGGGCAUUCCAGGAAGCCAUCAGCCUCAAGCUUCUGUUCUUGUCCAAGAAUCACUUAAGCAGUGUACCAGUAGGCCUUCCGCUGGACUUACAAGAACUUCGAGUAGAUGAAAACCGAAUUGCUGUAAUUUCAGACUUGGCCUUUCAAAAUCUUACAAGUCUGGAGCGUCUGAUUGUGGAUGGCAAUCUCCUUACUAAUAAAGGCAUAGCAGAAGGCACCUUUAGCCACCUCUCCAAGCUCAAGGAAUUCUCAAUCGUUCGAAAUUCACUGACAUACCCUCCUCCCGAUCUUCCAGGGACACAUCUGCUAAGGCUUUACUUGCAGGACAACCAGAUAACCCAUAUACCACUUACAGCCUUUUCAAACCUCCACAAACUGGAACGUCUUGAUAUUUCCAACAAUCAACUUCGGAUGUUGACAAAGGGAGUAUUUGAUAAUCUGCACAACCUGAGACAACUCACUGUAAGGAAUAAUCCCUGGUUAUGUGACUGCAGUAUUAAGUGGGUCACUGAAUGGCUCAAAUUUAUUCCUUCUUCCAUCAAUGUACGGGGUUUUAUGUGCCAGGGACCAGAGCAGGUCCGAGGUAUGGCAGUCAGGGAGCUGAAUAUGAAUAUGUUGUCAUGCCCCACCACCACCCCUGGUCCGCCACUUAUCAUCACCCCAGUCCCAGCUACAACCAUGCCAACUACAUUAGUUCCCACCUCAUCGUUUUCCCUCCCAAGUAGCAAAUAUAAUCCUCUCACUCCCAUCAUAGCCACGCUCCCCACUGUGCCUGAGAGGGAGGACAGAGAAAGGGUGACACCUCCUUUAUCCGAAGGGAUUCAGCUCUUCAUCCAUUUUGUGAAUGACACUUGCAUCCAAGUCAACUGGAUGUCACUUUUUACCGUAAUGGCAUAUAAACUCACAUGGGUUAAAAUGGGCCAUAGUCUGGUAGGAGGAAUUGUUCAUGAACGAAUAGUUAGUGGUGAGAAGCAACAAUCAAGCUUGGUAAAUCUGGAGCCCAAAUCCACCUAUCGGAUUUGUUUGGUUCCAUUGGAUACUUAUAACAGUUACCGAACUGGAGAAGACACUGUCUGUUCAGAAGCCACGACCAAGGCUUCCUUUUUGAGCAAUGGCAGCAACAUCCCUUCCAGCCACGAGCAGACAACUUCUCAGAACCUAGGCUCCCCAUUUCUGCUGGCAGGGUUGAUUGGGGGUGCAGUGAUAUUUGUCCUCGUGGUUCUGCUCAGCAUUUUUUGCUGGCAUAUGCACAAAAAAGGUCGUUACACCUCCCAGAAGUGGAAAUAUAACCGGGGCCGUCGGAAAGAUGACUACUGUGAGGCAGGGACCAAGAAGGACAACUCCAUCCUGGAGAUGACGGAAACCAGCUUCCAGAUUGUCUCCUUAAAUAAUGAUCAGCUCCUUAAAGGAGAUUUCAGACUGCAGCCCAUUUAUACCCCAAAUGGGGGCAUUAACUAUACAGACUGCCACAUCCCCAACAACAUGCGAUACUGCAACAGCAACGUCUCAGACCUGGAGCACUGUCAUACGUGAUAGGGAAGAUGGGGGUGUCUAGGACAAAGAGGAAAAAACUCUAGAAAAAAUAAGCCCCCCAGCAAUGAUGAAAAGAAUUACAUUUGAUAAAUGUUACAAAGAUGCAUUUAUGCAUUUGAAUACUCUGUAAUUUAUACGUUGUACUAUAUAAUGGGAUUUAAAAAAAAGUGCUAUCUUUUCUAUUUCAAGUUAAUUGCAAAUGGUUUUGUAACUCUUUGCUUUUUAAAUCUUUAAAAAAUAUUGCUGAGUACUGUACAGGGUUGUACAAUAAGAACCCAAUGUCAUGGCAAAGGAAAGAGUGACUCAUUCUUCAAACAUUAACCACUUUGCUGUCGAAGCUGUCUGAGGGAUGUUAAGUUAAGUGUCCUGAAUACAGGAAAAUAAGUGUGUAUUAAAACAGGGUCACUAGGAACAGACAAAAGCAAUUCAGAUAAAAUGGGUACAACCCUUCUGACUUGAACCCAGCAGUUGCUGUUGAGCUUCAAACAAUUGGAAAUACAUGUGCUGCCCUUUGUCAGUUCUACAUUUCCUACCUCCAACUGAAAGCUGGAGUUCUGAGUGCUGCCAAAAAAGCUACUUUCUUGUUUGAUUAGUUUUCUCCCAGUAUACUUGGAAUAGGAAAGGUAGACAGAGCUCAAUGUCAAACUCAAAGUGACCUUGAUUCCUAUCUGCAAAAGCUACUCUGAAAAUGUCCCCCAGUACUAUGUACUUUUAUCAUAGAAAAUAUUUCUACUUUUCAUUAUGAUUAAGAAGCUUUAGGCAUUCUCUGACCCUUCUCACUGGGAGGUGAAGGUUAUCAGAAUGUAACUGAGAGCUGUCAUUAAUUUGCACGUCUGUUUAAGAGAGCAGCAUUUGUUGAUGCAGCGUGUUCAGGUAAAACCUGAGUGAGAAAAAUUCCAAAUGCUCCCAGUUCUGCAGCAUUCAUUUGCAAGUUGAAAUCUAAAGAUGUAUAUUGCUGAAAACAUAGUGCAAAAUAUAAUGUCAAUGGAAAGGUUGCUAUUGAUUUUUAUGGUUCAAGCUAUGUUUGACUUAGGAGUCUGAGUUGCGUUCACUAUGAAGAAAUAGAAAAAAAAAGAAAGAGAAAACAAAUAAGAAAUGUAUUGUAAAAGUUUAUUUAGUACUGGAACUCCAGGCAUAUUAUAAACUGAAUUACCCUUCUUUUGUCUUAAGUUUUCCAUAAUGAUCUGGGCUUUACAAGUGCUAGGUGGGCUUAGAAUUUGCUUUUUAUUCUCUCAAAUUCUUUAGCUGCAAUACCUUCUAAAUCUUUGAGCUUUACAUGCACUAUGCAAAAUGUCAUGCUUGUAUUAAAACCAUGAUGCAGCUCUCCAAAUUAUGCAAUGUUCCAGCCACUCUACUGACUCAGUGACUGCCAGGAUUUGUUGCCAGCUCAGUGGUGGAAUCUAAUUCUUUGUUUUUUUCAGUUUGUUUUUUAAUGCGGCUCAUUUUCUCCUGAGCUUGGGGACAAGCUAAAGUUAUAUCAAAAUGAAAAAAAAA